GAAGGACCCCGCUGUUCAUAAGAAGCCUCCUGCUGUUGGUGAGAAGCCUCCGGCUGUUGAUAAGAAGCAAACCUAUGCCAGGGAGAUGGAAUCAAAUUGAGAUCCCGCACGCUGCAUUCCUUUUCCAUGAGACUAGACAGCCAUUAUGACGACUUCAAAAUUAUUAUGUUGGCUUCUGUUGCCGAUCCUCACGUUGGCGGCUAUAGACAGAAAACGAAUCGUGACAGAGAACAACAUCAUCCGCAAAGGGCUUAUCACCAAUGAAACGACGCCUUUGCAAGUUGGAAACGGUAACUUUGCAUUCAGUGUUGAUACGACUGGAAUGCAAACAUACCUCCCUUUCAACACAAUGUCGCGCUGGGCAUGGCAUAAUGACACUGAACCAGCUGGAGAGCCAGUAGACGCAUACACCGGCGUGCCUAAAGAGACGCAUGGUAGAAACGUUUCUUAUGAUCUACCCGACCCAAAUCUUCCUGAUGUUUCUCAAUGGCUCAUUGGAAACCCCAAUCGUAUCAAUCUUGGACGUAUUGGACUGCGAUUCAAAGGCGAUACGCUGUCAUCAAGCAGCAUAUCCAAUACCCACCAGGAGCUAGACCUCUGGCAUGGAGCCAUCACAUCAACUUUCACGAUCGAUGAUGCUAAGGUCAAGGUUGUGACCCAAGGAGACUUUGAGUCAGACGCAGUUGUUUUCACCAUUGACUCAGAAUUGAUCGAGUCGGGAAAGCUCGAAAUCGAACUCGACUUUCCAUACCCUCCAAUCCAUACAACAAAGUACAAGAACGAAGUCUUUGUUGGUGUCUAUGACUUCCCUACGAAUCAUUCAACAAAGCUCUCAACGAACCUGAAACAUAAUACAGCGCACAUCUAUCACGACUUGGGUACCAAGUACUACGUGAACCUUCGUUGGCCCAAGAAGCAUUCAUUGGAAUUGAAGCGCCUCGAGUUGCAGGGCUCUACCAAACCCACAGCUCAUCGAUAUGUCCUUUCAUCAAGGCAUGGGAAGACCAUUGCUUUCGUGGCGCACUUCUGUCCAGAUAAGAGAGUACCUGGCCUGCCAUCUACUAUUGAUAGGCGUAACAGAGCUGGAUGGCAAGACUACUGGAGACAAGGGGGUUUUGUGGAUUUGACCGAGUCUACGAACCCCAACGCUACUGAGCUACAACGUCGAAUCGUUACCUCCCAAUACCAUGUCAGAGUUAACAGUGCUGCCGAUGAUGAGUCUCCACAAGAGAGCGGCCUGAUGAACAACGGUUGGUAUGGCAAGUUUCACAUGGAGAUGGUUGUAUGGCACAGCGCCCACUGGAUCUCAUGGGGCCGAGAUCGAUACUUCCACAAUAUCUUCCCUGCACUUUACGAGAAGCUUCUGCCUACAUCACUCGCCAGAGCGAAGAAAAUGGGAUGGGAGGGAGCGCGCUGGCCAAAGAUGACCGAAACCAUUACCGGUCGAAGUUCACCUGGCGGAAUCAACGCAUAUCUGAUGUGGCAGCAGCCGCACCCAAUGUACAUGGCUAUGCUUGCUUUCAAGAGUAAGCCCACGAAGAAGACGUUGAAGCGCUGGGAUCCGAUCUUGGAGGCGACUGCGGAUUAUAUGGCAUCCUAUGCAUGGUUCAACCAGUCGUCUGGAAGAUAUGAUCUGGGUCCACCUGCGAUCGGUGUCACUGAAAACACUCCCCCGGAAAACACGCUCAAUCUUGCCUACGAAGUCGCGUACUGGAGAUACGGCCUCGACGUCGCCUGCGAGUGGAAGAAGAAACUCGGCUUCCCUGUACCUAAGCACUGGGCGACUGUUGCAAAGAGCCUGGCUAAGCCACCUCAGAUCGGCGGACUGUACACAGUCUACGACGGUCUCAACUCGACCUGGUGGGACGAUCCGGCACUCAACCGAGACCCGAGAAGUUUGAUCAUGCUACAAGGUAUUUUACCCGACACACCGGCAGUGGACAAAGAUGUAGCGCGACGAACGGCGGAUAAGGUCUGGGAAGUCUGGACUGACCAAAACAUCCGAGGAUGGGGGCGGCCUGUACUAGCGAUCAACUCGGCUCGCAUUGGGAACCCUGAGCGCGCAAUAUAUCACUUGACAGCAUAUGAUUAUUGGAAGUUUGAUGACGCAGGUAAGUAAGAUCGGUCGUUUUGCGAAAUAGGCAGGAUGAGACUGAGUUAUCUCGCUGUAGGAUUUGCCAUUCGUGGUGGUGACGGAAACACACCACCUCCAUUUAUGCCUGGCAAUGCUGGGUUCUUGUUAGCCGUGGCCUACAUGGCUGAGGGAUGGGAUGGGUCGAAACGCGAUACGCCUGGGUUUCCUCAAGAUGACGGAUGGGUAGUAAAGCAUGAGGGACUUCGCAAGGCGCUGUGAGAUCCGGCGUAGUUCUGCUUAGAUAAUUUUCAGUCGAGAGCUCUGCUCUAACACCAGGAACAGGCAUGCUUGUGCUUCGAAACCCUCUCUACGGCGUACAUCGGCUCUAUGCUCUUGUCAAGUGAGGCUUCACUGAUUCGAGACAAUAGGUGACACAUGCCUGACUCAAAUACACUCGAAUCUAAGUGAUACAUCAGAAAUCACCAUUUAAAAUCGUUACAUGUUUCAUCGAAAG